AGUGAUAUUUGUAUGAAUGAGCUAAUAUUAUGAUUAAAACUACCUAGUAAACUCGAGGAUAGGUUUCCAUUCUUACAAGUUCCGUUUUGAAAUAACUAUUGCUUUAAAUUUUCAGAAAAUGAAUAAGGAGAAUGAAAUAUUUCCAUUAUAUUUUUACAUUUCAUUGCGCUGCAUGCACAUUAAGAUAAACCGAUUGAAUUUAUAUCUAAUAACUACCGAUAAUAAGUUUCCUUCUAUUCAAUCAAAAACCGGGACAACUAUAUAUUACAACUCAAUAAAUACGUGUCUGAUAUGUUGUUUCCCAAAUAAACAAAAUUUGAGGAUGCAAUUCAACAUUCGUCUCAAACGUAAUAAGUUGUAGAUAUAAUGAUAUAUGAUAUGCUAAAUAAUUACCAUCAUAUCAAAACUGACUUGUACGUACGAUCAAUCAGGUAACACUUCUUUUGAGAAACAUGUGCACGUUACGAAUGCGUGGACUAUAAUGAAAAACGCGAAGACGUACUGCAUGGAAAAAUCAAUUGCGCUUGCGCGUACCGAAGUACGAGUACUUGACCGAAGUCGAGAUAUCAUGCAAUGACUAUUUUUCUGAAUCGAUCGAUUAGUCGCCCACUUUUCUCUCCCUCGCAAAUUGCGAGCAAAUUAUUUCUAUACCACUUUACAUCUUGAUAUUUUAUGUUACUUUCGUCGGUAUAUUGAUAUUAAAUUAAAGAAUUUUGCCUUAGAAAAUAUGCUAGAAGAAAAAUAUUAUAUAAUAUCCUUUAUUCGAAGAAAGAGAUAGGUGAAAUCGCUUUAUCGCGAUAUCGCUGUCAAAUGCGUGUGGAAGCUCGAACAAGAGUGAUCUAUGUGAGAUAUGGAUACUCAAUUUCUUUACAUUCAUCGACUUUCGCUAGUCGCAAUUGGGUUAUGGCCUUACCAUCGAACAAUGCUUGUUCAACUUCAGUCUUCUGUGUUUUCUUUUAUGUUGAUUAGCUACAUUAUAGUUCAGCUUACAGCAUUUAUAACUACAGAAUGGACUCUUGACUUUAUCGUUGAAAUUCUUUCUACAUUAUUUUUUCUUCUUUUGUGUGCAGUUCAAUAUAAUUGUUUUUGGAUUAACACGCAUGCUGUGAAGCGUAUAUUGGACAAUCUUCAGUACAUCUGUAGCGAGUUAAGGGACGACAAUGAAAUUGCUAUAAUAAAAAGAUAUGGACACAUUGCAAAAUGUAUUGCAAAUGGAUUAACAUUGUUGGGUAUGUGUUGUUUAAUCAUCUUCACUCUUGUGCCAAUUCUGCCACGGAUUUUCGGCAUCCUUUUCCUUGUAAAUAAAUCCGAGCCAUAUCGCUAUAUAUAUAUGAAAACUGAAUAUUUUAUUGAUCAAGAAAAAUACUUUUAUUUUAUUUUGCUGCAUCUGUACGCAGUCCAGUACAUAGGAGGAGGUACAUUAUUAGGAUCAGGAAUAGUUUUGACAGGAUACUUUACAUAUUUUUGUGGAUUAUUUAACAUUGCCAGUUAUCGUAUCAAACAGGCAAUGCAGAUAAUAAAUAGUGACAAAAUAUGUAAUUGGAAGAACAAGAGGGAUAUCGACAAGAAGAUAAGUCAUGCAGUGGACAUUCAUCGCACAAUUAUUGAGUUUAUUGAAGUAUCUCUAUAUACCUUCGAAGGAACAUACUUUCUUCUAAUAGGGCUUAUUGUAAUUUGUUUGAGCCUUCAUCUGUUUGGAAUCUUUCAAGCCGUUUGUGUUGUAUAUAAUAUGGCAGAUAUUGUAAUACACUGUAGUUUUGCGGUUGGCAUUUUAGUAUGUUCGUUAGGAGGCAACUAUGUUGGUCAAGCAGUUACAGAUCACUAUAAUGACAUAUUUUCAACCGCAUAUAACAUUCGAUGGUACAUUACACCUGUGCGUGUGCAAAGAUUAAUAUUGUUUCUUUUGCAAAGAGGCACUAAGCCUUAUGGUAUAAAAUUAGGUGGCCUUUAUACACUAUCUUUAGAAAACUUUGCUUCGGUAAAACUAUUAUACAAUACGUAUAUAUAUAGUAUACACAAUAUUUGUAUACAGGGUGUAAUUUAAUAAUUUGUGCCCACUAUUUACGCAGUGAUGUUUCUGAUGAGAAACUGAGUCGAAAAGUUCUGAAUCAUUUUUUUCUAUUAUGUUUAAGAAAGUAGUAAUUAUUGAGUAAAUUCAAUCCAAUCAGUGCUGACGUACGUACCGAGCGUACAUCAGUGAGCGCCUGGCAGUGUGCGUGAGUACUCCGCCGCUGCUCAUGCUAUUAAGGCAGUCUGUGUGACUCACAGACGUGUAUAUUUCUAAAGGACGGCGUUGAUUAGAUUGACUUUAUUCAAUAAUUACUACUUUAUUAACAUUAUCGAAAAAAAUCAUUCAGGACUUUUUGAGUCGGUUUUUCAUGAGAACACAUCACUGUGCAAAUAGUGGGCGCGAAUUCAAUUACACCUGUAUACUGAAAACUAAAACGUUUUCAUUUCAGCUAUCAACUGCAUCAAUAUCGUAUUUUACUAUUAUAUAUUCUUUACAAAAGUGAUAUUAAUAUGAAUCGGCUAAUAUUAUGUUAAAACUAAUCAGUAAAUUUGUAAACUAAUAAACUAGUACUCGUAGAUGGGUUUCUAUUUUGAAAAGUUCCGUUCUGUAAUAAAUAACUACUGCUAGAAAUUGUCAGAAAAUGAAUAAAGAGAAUGAAAUAUUUCCA